AUGUUCUCUUCCUUCCGUUCCAUCUUUGGCUGGACGCAGGCGGACGAGGACUUCUCGUCAGCAAUUUAUGCGCCAGUCCCCGAGGACGUACACACUCCAGCCGAUGCUGCUUGGUUGGAGCAGCGCUUAGCAUUAAUCCCCAUCACGGCUCCCGAACAAGAUGCAAGGAGAGUCAUUCCAUGCGGGCAGCAGAUCAACAAAGAUUCGGAUGCUGGGUCUUCAGACAGCCCAGUUGAUGAACAACCUCCUGUGUUGGCCCCUAAACCAGCCCCAACGGCAACAGCUAAUCAUCUUCAUACCUGUGCCCAGACAGCGGCGCCGGCAUGUCCACCACAACCUUUGCCGACCAUGGCACAACAUCCUGCUGCUGCUGCUGCUGCUGCUCCGCGCGCGCCUCAACCCCAGCCUGCCGUCUUACAAAAUAUUGUAGCUGCCGCACCACUUGCACCUCAAGCACAACUUCCCGUUGCCACGGCUCUGACCAUUACCGCUGGUGUUCCACCUCCAGUCCAACCGCAACCCCAACCGGUUGCUGCCCAGAACAUUGCCGCAGCUACUCCGUCCGCUCCUCAAAUUCAACCAACUGCUUUGGUUCCGAACGGCGGUCUUGUUCUACCUCAACCUACUCCAUCUGCUCAGACCCGGUAUAAACGUCCCCGCAGACCAGCAUAUGCACGACCUUUGGUUCCGGGGGAUUUCUACGACCCCGUGGCGUACGCAAGAAAUCCAGCAGGACAUGACCGGGCUUUCAAUGUAUUAGCCCAGGCGAACUUGACGGGGUGUCUGAGAUUUAAAAAUGGGACCAGCAAUGGACCGUUUGCAAAGAACGGCGAGUUGAAGGGCGAUUUUCUGUCUGCGGUAAUGAUCAACCAGUCACAUGGGCCUUGUGUCAACUCAUACAUCCGCAGAUACCAUAGCCCAGCGGCGCAAAUUUUCGUCGGAGGGGGGAAAAUGCAUCGUCACAUGUGGAAUUGGUAUAUUGCUCUGAUCCAAGGCCCAAAUGGCCUGUUCGAGGAAGCCAGAUUUCGCAGAUUCGUUAUGGAGCAGGUCGAGAAUCAGCUUCUAAUCGAUUUGCCCAACCUCGCGCAGACAAUCGCUCAAUUGAAGCAGACUGUAGUUCCUCCUAUUGGUGGUUCGUUGAAUCCUCCUGCGAAUCUUGGGCACAAUGGGAUCAGCCAGAUAAUUGGCGGUGGCUUCAAUGCCCUUAACAACCCAGGUGUCCAUACAAUGAACCAAAUGGCGUUUGCACGAGGCGGCGGGCCAACUGGUGGGAUGGGGAAUGGUAGUAUUGCUGGACCAAUAGGUGGAAUGAGUAUCGGACCUGUUGGUGGACCAAACGUCGGAAAGGCUGGACUUGUUGGCGGAUACAAUGGAGCGAACACAGCACAGGCUGGCUAUCAUGCUCCCUCUCUUCCACCUCCCUCUCAGGGAAGCAAAACCCCAUCAAGCAGAAAGCGCGAUCGACUGGUGAAAGAUGUUGACGAAGAUUCCGAUUCCGAUGUUCAGGAUCCGUCGACUUCGGCACAAGCCAGCAAGAAGGCUCGUCUGUUCUUGGCUCAACCAAAUUCUGGAGUGCAACAUCCGCUACCUCCUCCCUUCCCUCCACACCGAAACGAGUCCUCUCGCCCAGGAAACAAGCGCCAGCGAGACGAUGUCAUCGUAAUCGAUGAUGAUUCCGACUCUGGGCCGGUACCACCUCGACCAGUGAAGAAGGUUCGUGGAUCUGAUAGUGGGACCAUCAAGGUGGAGACCCCAAGUAUGCCUGAACCAAGCGUGCAAGGUUUCGAUGGAACACGCCCCCUUGGAAUGACCCUAGAGGAAUACUACGACCUCAUGAAGAGCCAAUCGGACGUGGGGCAGAUAGAUCAGAUGGGGCGUCCUCAAACCCAAAAUCGAUAUCGACCAGCACCAACUGAGACCCAAAAUGGUCGCCAAGCGCCAACUGCCAGUUCCCUAAGUAGCGGAUCCGAUGUGGAAUCUCAAGUCAUGACAUCCUCUGAUGGGCUUCGUGAAACCCAGCAGCCUCCGUUCCAGGGAUUUGGUGGUGAGACAUACUCCACUACAGAGGCUUGGGAAGAACCCAGAAGUAGUUACCCAGACCCCACCGCGUACGAAUACAGCCAAUCCGUACAGCCGAGCCGUCGGUCUGAAUAUGGCUUUGAGGCUCAGGACAGCUACACCAAUCGGUCGAACUGGGAUUCUGAGCCUCCUGAGCAUAACGGUUUGCCGGCAGCUGCUCGGGAUUACACUCAUCCCGAGCCAUAUCAGUCGCGAGGAAGCAUGACACAAAGCGGUUUCGUGAAUGGUUUCGGUAACCAUUGGGGCAGCAUGCAUGAGACAGGCUCGUCCAUGCGUAGAAACAGGAGAAAGUCGAGUCGAGUUGAUGAUUACGAUGAUGACUCCUCAGCCUACGAGAUGAACCGAGGUAGGAAGCAUCAUCGGACGUGA